CGUACGUGCGAUUUGUUUUAAAUUUUUAUUGUUUACAACAAUAUAGAUUCUUUAAAUUCUACGGUAUCGGUUUGUGCCGUGUACAACUCAAUUUAUUUUUUUUACUCGUACCACGCAUUUUCAAUAAUUGUGAAAUAUUCGAUGUUACGAGAGUAGGUGCUGCAACAGGCGUGACGUUGGUGCGAGAUAAAUUAAACGUUUUCAAAAGGGCUUGCGCGUGGUUUUAACGUUGGCCUUCCGAGUCGGAUAAAAGCAUAGACGCUACCAUGGAUCAUUGGAAAUUAAUAACAGUCAUGGUCACAGUUUUCACAUUCACCGUAGAAAUACGACCGAUGGACUCGUUUUUGACGGCAUACUUAACUGGACCGUCCGUAAACGUAUCACUAAACGAGGUUUCCAACGUAUUUACGCCGAUCAGGAUAUACUUCGGAGUGAUUGGUUCGUUUUUGGUGUUCCUGUUGUCCGAUUAUUUGCGAUACAAGCCGGUGAUGAUAUUCAACGGUGUGCUGGGUAUGGUGGCAUACAUCAAUCUGAUCGAUUCGCCAACCGCAUUUCAAAUAAUGGUAACGGAGGUCUGCUUUUCGCUGUUCGCGUGCAUCGAGAUGGCGUAUUACGGCUACCUAUACUCCAAGAUCGAAGACAAAGAACAUUAUCAGAUAGCCACGGGGUUUGCUAAAUCCGGGAUGCUGAGCGGCACGUGCGUGGCCGGCCUCCUGGGUCAGCUGGCGGUCUACUUCAACGAUCGCAAUUAUUCCGUCCUGCCUUACUACAGCCUCGCUUUCGUGACAUUCGCAACUGUAUGGGCGUGCUUCUUGCCGUCCGUCGGAAACAGCAAAACGUCCAUUCAGGUGGAUGACGUCGGCGAAGAUGAUUUCUCAAAUACGGCAAUUCAAGACCCAAGCAUACCCGACUACUCGUCGACCAGAAAAUCCGACACGUCAAACGUAGUACCGUCUACGGUUUUCGUCAACCGCUUCUGCGACUUUAGACAUUCGUACGCGGACCGAACGGUUUUGAUGUGGUCUAUUUGGUACGUCGUAGCUAUGGCCGGAUUCACGCAAACGAAUUUAUACGUAAAUAUUUUGUAUACAUACAUCGUAGACGUAUCGGAUGAUAAGCACGCGUUGCUGAAUGGUUUGGUCGAUUCUUUGGCCACUAUGUGUGCUGCGAUUAGUGCUUAUCAAAUCGGCAAGGUAAACGUGAACUGGAGUUAUCACGGAUUCACAUUCUUGACUUUCAGUUCUCUGGUGCUCGCGCUACUGCUGUCCUUAGGCUACUAUUCCACGAACAUCUUUGUCGUGUACUUCAUGUACAUCUGCUUCGACACGGUAGUACAAUCCGUCUUCGUCAUUGCUAUGUCACAAAUUGCCAAACAACUAAAACACGAUUUCUAUACCUCAGUGUUGGGAUUCAACGCUUUCUUGGGCAUCGUUCUGUCCACGUGCUUGUCGUCACUCCUUGUGCGCAUCGAGACGUCCCUGCCAUUUCGGUUUUUGGUGUACAGCAGUACGUUCAUUAUCCUCGGAGUCGUGUACGGGUGCGCUGCGGUCAUUCUUACCGCUAAAGACAAGGCCUCGGCUAGACGUUAUUAUAGUCGGCUGCCUUGACAGUAUUAAUUGGGUGAGCACAAUUGCUUAUAAACAAUACUAUCCAUCAUCAGCGACACUCCAAACUACGACGACAAAGCGUGGCACUAAUGAUUUAUUUAUUUAUUCAU